AUGUCUGGCAUUCGCUACUUGUUCACUCUACUCAGCUUCUUGGGCUUCGCCAUCCUCUACAUCAUCAGGGUCAACUUAAACGUGGCCAUCGUAGCCAUGGUCAACAGGACUGCUGUCUACAAAGAUCACAAUGACUCCAAGUCUGAGGAAUGUCCGGAGGAUCUGCCACCAUUGCUUCGAAACCACACUAGGUCGGACAAUGAAGAAAGUGGCGAAUUCAUCUGGUCUCCAGAGAUGCAGUCAGUGGUGCUUGGAGCUUUUUACUACGGGUAUGCCAUAUCCCAGAUUCCAGGCGGGCGCCUAGCCGAAAUUUUCAGCGCCAAAUGGGUAUUUGGCAUUGGCGCACUCAUCCCGUCUUUACUCACGUUACUGACGCCAGUUGCAGCCAGAUAUCACGUAGGAGUGUUGAUAGCUAUUCGAGCCUUGGAAGGACUUACACAGGGCGUGACGAUGCCUGCAAUGUACUCCCUGAUGGGCCGCUGGCUCCCUGACUCAGAGAAAGGGCUCCUUUCGACGAUAGUGCACGUUGGAUUUGGCAUGGGCACGGUUGCAGGCAUGAAUCUCUCUGCUUACCUCUGCGACAAAGGGCCCUUCGGGGGAUGGCCUUCUGUCUUCUAUAUAAUUGGUAUAAUUGGAUGCCUGUGGUUUGUGUUUUGGAGCCUGCUUAUUUCAGACUCGCCAGUGAAUCACCCUUUCAUAACCUCAACGGAGGUGAAACUCAUCCUUUCCGAUCAGAAAGUGAUACCAAAGGACAAGCUGCCGCCCAUUCCUUGGUUGAAGAUUUUGACAUCAGUACCCUUUCUGACAUUAGUAAUUACACAAGUAGGAGACGAUUGGUGCUUUUACACGGUUUUAACUGAUCUACCUACAUUUUUUGACACCAUUUUGCACUUUAAAAUUCAAGAGAACGGCUUUCUAUCUUCGUUUCCAAAAAUACUCCAGGCUAUCAUAGGAAUAGCAGUUGGAAUAGUGUCCGACAUGUGCAUUCGUCGCAAUCUCGUCAGUGUUGCAUUCUCGAGGAAGUUUUGUCAAAUGAUUGGUACCUUCGGCACUGUAGCUGGUCUACUGGGCGUGUGCUUUGCAGGGUGCGAUGCUACUCUUCAUAUUGUUUUCUUUACACUUUCAAUAACCAUUGGCGGAUUCAGCCUUUGUGGGUACGUCCUCACUCCGCUGGAUUUGUCUCCAGAAUUUGCGGGAACUUUGAUGGGAAUAGCGAAUACUUUAUCAAACUUGACCGGAUUUUUAGCGCCUUUAGUAGUAGGUGUCUUGACAGAUGAAUCUCAAACGCUUCACCAGUGGCACAUCGUCUUCUACAUCACCAUCGGCAUCUUCCUGUCAACGGGGCUGGUUUUCCUGUUUUUCUCUUCUGCCGAAAAACAACCAUGGUCAUUUCCAGAAACAAGCUACUACGCCGAAUUGCCCAUACAAACUGAGCAGACCUUCAACAAACAGACGCAAGAGCAAAUUCUGUCAGGAAACAAAUCGGGAGUUACAAGCUGA